AUGGACAUCACCGCCUUCGCCGUGGGCAAUCGCGAUGCCGCCCUGCUGAUCGCCGACUACAAUGCAUACCGCAAGCAGCUCUCGCGACAAUUGCUGGCCCUGCGCAAGCGUCUAGGCCGCUCCACCAACAAGGGCCAGAAGUACUCCAACAAGUCGACUGUCACUGCCGAAGACGUCGCUCAGAACCCUCAAACCGCUCAUCUCCUGCUUCUCAGCUGCGAACGCGCAUGGGCCCAUGCUAUGCACAUCAAGUCGAUCCACUCCGAGGACAACCAAGGAAAUGGCAUUACUGGAACCACUCGCUCUCACAUCAUCUCACGCUUCCACAAGGCCGCUCGCAUCGCUCAGAAUCUUACCGAUAUCCUCAAGGACCCAUCCACCUCCAAAACCACCCACCAGGAUUUGCUUGAAGCUGAAGCCUACCGAGCCUCCCUCUCUGGCGCCGAGCACUUUGAGAAACAGGCCGAGGGUCGCGUAAACACCGAGAACCCUUCAAGAUGGGACGUAUGCUUGCGCGAGUACUCUACUGCUCGCAUCAUUUACGCUACUCUCUUCGCCCAAGGAAACAAGGACCUCUUUCGCGAGAUCCUGGCCAGCGCCGUUGAUCCCGCUAUUCGCUAUGCCGCCUACCAAGCUCGCCUUCCUCGCUCUAUUCCCGUCUCUACGGUCGCACUGCGCUACUUCUCCAAAGACAACUCUACCCUGGUUAAUCUACUGCAACAACUCGACCCUAAUGCUCUGAGCGAGAUUACCACCGAGACCACUCCCCAGAACCUCGGCACAACCAACAUCCCUAACACGGUCGCUUGGCGAUCCAUGAAUGCCAACAUUGUAGACGCAUCGAUCGGGCAGGCUCUUGCAGCUGUCGCAUCUGCUGAGCCUCAGUUGAACUCAUACCUCAAGUCCAACCCCUCUGCCCCCGCUAGAGAUCGUGCCAGCGCAUAUGACGAGGUACUGAUCGCUAGUCAAGAUGCCGCAGAUGCCACACGAAGGGCCAUCGAGGAGUUGGAAAAGGAGAAGGUGGACGAGGGCGACAACAGAAUGCAAGAUCUGCGUGUUACCAGUCUUUCUGUCAACUACGCCCUUGUCAGCUGGCGCGUAGGCAGAAAUCGUGUUCUCAUCGGAUCUGAAGACGGUAGGCUGUUUGAAGAGAAGAAGCCCAAGUCAGGCAAACGUGCUCGUGAUCAGCACAAAUCGGAACCCAGAGGCAGUCAACUUGCUCGUCUUCGCGAGAGGGUUGUACUUUACGAUUCAACCAUCCAGAGCAUCGACUCGAUCAAGGAGCUCAGAGGUGCCAUGAGAGACGAGUCUUUCGUGCGCGAGGUUGAUGGCAAACGUGCAUACUUCCAAGCGCUUAGAUGUCUCAACAUCGCAAUCUCGCAUGCCCUCUUGUCCGAGCAUGUGAAUGCUCUUGCUCUUCUGGCCCGCGCAUUGGAACUCGCAAAGCAAUGCUCGAGCUCAAUACCCUCGACCUCAUCCGACUCGAGCUCUGCACCCACGCUCGAUAUCCACAAAUCUCAGGCCGACACUCUCCAAACGCAACUUCAGCAGCUUGUCUACAGACACCAAGCUCUGGUAGAUGUGCACAAAUUCCACGACAAUGCAUCCAUCGCCGCAGCAAAGCAUAUGUCUACUGCAGCUCCUCUUGUUCAACGGCUUAGCGACUUCCCCACACCCGGUGUUAAUGUCGAUCUCAAAAACCUGGUCUCAUAUCCUCCCAAGCUAGAGCCUAUCCCGGUCAAGCCAUUGUUCUUCGACGUUGCAUGGAAUUACAUCGACUAUCCGACAAGUGGCAAGCAAGCGGUAGAAGCAAAGGCUGCUGUGAGCAAUGUGAUAGCAGAUGAGAAGCCAAAGGAAGAGAAGAAAAAGGGUUGGUUCGGAUUCGGACGAUGA